AUGGUGGAGCUGCCGACAGCAACGGUGCUCAGGGCGCAUGACGUGGUGUUGAUCGCCGUCAUUAUGUUUGCAAUAGACCUUACUAUGAAGAUAUGGAAUAGUCGUAGAUUGCAGCUUUCGCCAGUCGAGCAAAAACUGCUGAACGAGUAUAACACACAAGUUCGACUUGUGAACCGCCUGAACUCGGUCGAAACGUUUGUUGAGCAGGCUAAAGCCACGCGCAAACUGAACUCGUUGAAGAAAGAAAUGCAAGAGCUUGCAGGUGAGGAGCGGCUGGCUGCAAGCGCGCCGUCAAAUUUCCGGAAGCAAUUUGACCGCAUUCGGACACCUGCGCUUAUGGGGCUCGUAAUGUUAUAUUACUGGAAUGAGCCUCUUGUGGUCUUGCCACAAGGUUGUAUGAUUCCGGUAGAGCGUUUCAUGUCUUUUCCAGGCUUUCCUCUAGGUGCCAUCUCUGCGAUAGGCUGGGUUGGAAUCUGCCGUCGCGUUAGCGCCAAGAUCCUGUGCUAA